AUGAAGUCACUAUUGAAUGCAGUUUCGUAUUCCAAAUUGGGGGUUUCUAGAAAGCCUAUUAAACAGAGGACAAUGCUCUUGACUCUAGUGUUUAUUAUUGCUGUGUUUUCCAUUGGAACAAUACUAGUAACUUCUGGAUACGACGUAUUACCGGAAUGGACGAAUACUACUUCAACAACAGAGGAGUAUGAGCAAAAGUUGCUGGAACAACAAACGAAAUAUUCUGAUAAGAGGACUAUUAUUUUCCCCAAUAACUUUGAAUUAAAUGAUAGAAAAUUGGUCAAUUUUUAUAUCAAGGAUUUGGAAUUGGCUUUGGAUCCACAAGAUUUAAUUUACAGAAACAGGUUUACCUAUAAAAUCCCAAAUGGUAUUCCUUACAAACCUUAUGAUGUUGAAUUAUUUGAUUCAGGUACCGCUUCUUCAAAUCUAGAUCAAUGUCUGGAAUUAUCAUCAAACAUCAAAGUAGAGGCUAGUCCUGCUUAUAAUAAGAACUCCAAUUUGACUAAAAUUCUUCAAAGAUUCGUGGACGAAAAUAGUUUAUACUAUCAAGAAGUUAAAGUCUUCUUCCCAGAACUUCCUACUCAGUUAAAGGAAGGAACCAUAUCUGACCAUUGGUAUCAACUAAUAGGAAGUUCCGUCUGGUUGAAACAAUAUGGCAUUCAUUUAAUGAUUUCAAGAAUUGUAUAUACCGAUACGGAUCAAGGCUAUGGUGUUAUUUCAUUGAGCUAUCUACAGGUAUUUGAUAGAGAUUGGAACGAAUUGGAUCAUGUUGAGUUAAUGAUUCGAAAAGAAGAUGGUACAUACAAACCAGUUCAAUACCCUCAAUUUGCACCAAUUCCAUUAUACUAUAAUGCUAAAGUGAAAAUAGGUCAGUUUUAUGGAAUUGAAGAUCCAAGAAUUCAAGUUAUUAUAAACAAGAAUGGGGAUGAAGAACCAAUAAUCAUUUACAAUUCUCCACAUAGGAAAAUCAAAGAAACUGAGGCUCAAAAUGAUGGAAAAAGUGUUGUCAAAUAUGGUAAGUACAGAUCUAUCUUCUUGGGAUGGUUAUGGAGAACUCAGAAGGGAAAAAACAACCUUGAGGAGUUGCCUGACAAAAAGAUGCAUUCUAUGGAGUAUAUUAAAAUUAAAGAAAUGAUUAGGCCAAAUAAUGAACGCAGGGGAACAGAGAAAAACUGGGGAUUGUUUUUAGAUUAUGAAAUGAGAAAAGAAAAAGGAUUUGAUACUCAUUUAUAUUUUAUUUAUCAAUUUAAAGAUACUAAAAUAUUAAAAUGUUCAUUGUAUGAUGAAGAUAAUUGUGAAUGGGAAUAUGAAGUGAAUGACUAUAUGGGAUCUGGAUCUUUCCAUGGUGGUACUGAAUUAGUAAGUAUCAACAGAAUUUUAGAUGAACAUAAACUACCAGAAUUGGACGAUUUAAAAUUGAGAAUUCCUGAAGGACGUCAAAUUUGGAUUGGGUUUGCUAGAGCAGUAUUAAAAGAAUGUGGUUGUGGUACACAUUUAUAUCGUCCAAACUUGAUUGUAUUCAUGAAAGAUAAGAGGGAAUAUAAAUUCUCUUAUGUAUCUUCAUUUAAUGAUUUUGGAAUUGAAGUUUUAGAAUGGUGGAUUGGUCAAGGAUUAUGUACUGCGAAAAAUUUAAUCAUUCCAAAUGGUAUUUCUUCAUGGAAUAUUGAAAAGGAAAAAGAUGGAAGUCUCAUGGACUAUAUGACAUUCACAAUCACCAGGCGUGAUGCAACUGUUGAUCUUGUUCAUCUUAAAGGUAUUUUGCGGUCAUUAUUAUUUGAGAAUUCUAAUCCUAAAUUGUUAGCACAUGAACAAAAGGGUUUCAGAACAAACACUAAUCUUGACUGUGCUUUGAGGCGAUCCGAUGAGUAUUGUAAAGUUUAUGCCGCAGAAGUCGAAGCAAAAGAAACAUUUGAAAAUAAAAAUAAAGAAGGUGAAAACAAAAAGGAUGAUUAA